GGGCAGCAAUGCGGAAGUGAAUCACAGUCGAUGCGGAGACAGGAAGAGAGGCGCGUCUCAUUUCUGUAAAAGCUUGAGAGAAAGCGGCAUCAUAAUUAUAGUGUGAAUUAUUAGAAAAUUAAAUUUGUUAAAAUGUCGAAGAAUACCAUGUCGGACCGCUUCCGGAAGGUCGACGUUGAUGAGUACGACGAGAACAAGUUUGUGGACGAUGAGGACGGCGCGGACAGCCAGGCCGGCCCGGAUGAAGCCGAGGUGGAUUCGCUCAUCAGACAAGGGAAUCUCGUAGCAGCUCUACAGGCCGUGCUGAAAAAUCCUCCCAUCAACACCAAAAACCAGAACGUUAAGGAUCGGGCAGAGGCGCUGGUGCUGAGGGUGCUGAGCAGCUUCAAGAGCAGUGACAUAGAGAAGGCUGUUCAGACUCUGGACAGCUGUGGCGUAGACCUGCUCAUGAAGUACAUCUACACGGGCUUCCAGAAGCCCUCCGACAACAGCAGCGCUGUGCUGCUGCAGUGGCACGAGAAGGCUCUGGCAGUGGGAGGCGUGGGCUCCAUCGUCAGGGUGCUGACUGCCAGGAGGACGGUGUAGAUAAGGACCUGAUCCACAGGGUCCGUGCUGGCAAUGGACCCUCCAACCGCGCGCUACACGCUACAUACAACAUGCUACAUACUACAUGUUGCGCUAGACGCUACAUGUAAUGUGCUACAUGUUAUAGGUGACACAUUAUGUGGUACAUGCAACAUAUUACAUGCUACAACCCUAUUCCUGACUGCCAGUCAGACAGCCUUCAUCCUCUCCUGCUCUCGUCUCAAUACAAUCCCCCCCCGCCCCCCUUAGGAUGGAGAUCUGAUCUGAUGUGAGGGGUUGGUAACAGCCCUAAACAGGAGGGGAAGUUUACCCUGCCCAGAGGGGAGAGAGGGGAGGGAAGGAGGGAGUGGAGGGAAGGAGGGAGGGGAGGGGGAUUGAGACGUGGCCGCCUGUCUCCUCACAGGAGGGGGCAGUCUAGUCAGGAUUGAGCUCCAACCACAAGACAUGAGACAAGCAUGAGCCUCUGUAUUAACCAGUGUGUGUGUGUGUGUGUGUGAGUGAGUGAGUGUGUUCCGCUUGUGAGAAGGAGCUGAUGUGUUCGUAGCCUCACACCAUAAGCAGGGGGUGUUUGAGGAAGGGGGUGCAUGUUGAAUCGGAGCACCAGAUGCCUUAUAGAAGCCUUGUGUUUUGAUAUGCUGUACAUGACUUUCUGGAUGCAAUAAAGGAAUUCAUACGAGA